AAGCUGGAGAGAAAGGAAAGCUUUGGUCCUAAGAAGCUGCUUCCUGGCUGCAGCUGAGGGGGCCACGGCAUCCUAUGGCUCGGUCUGCCCUUCCCGCUGUCCCAGGUGGCCUCAGCCAUGCCCCUCUUCUGCCCCCUCUGCCUCGCAGCAGCUCCCGUUGGCUUCUGUUCCUUCCCUGCCCAAGCCCCAGAAAUCUGCUGCCUCUGUUGUGACUGGCCUCGGGGUCCCACGUGUGGACUCCUCCCACACCCCCGGCCUGGCCACUGGCGCCCACCACAUCCAGGAUCCAGUGGCCAGGGCGUGUGUUUCCUCCUCCUUCCUCCCCAGGCCUCCCUGCACCGGCCUGGGGACUUCUUGCCAGUGGCCUGAGCAGUGUGCCUGUCACAGCCACCUCCCUCCCUCCACACUUGGGAACAGGCAUGACUGGUGGGGCCUCUGCCUCCCUCAGCCCAGUGGCAGGCCAAAGGGGGCUUGAGGAGGGGCCUCCCUCUCAACACUUGGUCCACUGCAGAGCCCCACCCUGGCUGUGAGCCUCACCUGCUCCCACGCCAUUACCACCUCAAGUCCCCUGCGGGUGCUCCAGACAAGGAGACUGCCGGGGGUGGGGGGAGAGGACAGGCAGGCCUCGGGUCACUGCUGCCCAGCUGCAUCAACAGCUUCACCCUCCAACGGACUCGGGAGGGCCUGCGGUGGGCAGGCCGCAACCAGCAUCUUGGUUGCCUCCCUGUGCCCCUGGCAGGAGGCUGGGCCUCUGGGCACCGACUGCCGAGGCCUGGCAUGUCUCGCUCCGGAACGAGGUCUUUGGGACAAUGCUGCCCGCUUUCUGGCCAGGGAGGGCCUUCUUGUCUUUGCUCUGAGGGGCUGGGCUUCGCUCCCACUCCCAUGGUCCUGGGGCUGGGGCUGCUGCUCGGGCAGUCUCGUGCCCCCACCUUUCCUGUGGCUCAUCCUUCCUCAUUUGGUGGGGCAGGAUUGGUUCAGCUGGAGCCCACAUGGCUUGCCAGGUCAGGCCUCGCCUCUCUUCCUCCUUCCUGGCAGCUUCUGCUAAAGGCCUCUUGGAUAUUAUGGGUCAUUGUGCCCGUGAAACAUAUACCAUCUCCCCUUCCUCCUGGAAGACUAGUCUGUGAGAUGUGUGAGCCAGGCAGCAUGGAAAGUGCCCAAGGUCACGGGGGCGACACCGAGGUCCCAUCCUGAGUGCACCCUUCCCUUUCUUGGCUAAGCACGGCACGUGCAGGCACCUCUUGCCCACUCCCGAGCUCACUUUAGCCUCAUGAAGGGCAACCUGGUCCCUCGUGACACAGGUGGAGCUCUGCCCUGGAGAAGGGGACUUGCCACCUUGCUGGGAGUCGUCCUAGCUCAGCUGCCAAAUCCUGGCUCGCACUUCCUCCUCAUGCCUGUGAUGACACGUUCCUCCAGCCCACGGCCCAGCUUGUGGGGAGCCUGCGUGUGGCCUAGGAGCCUGCUUUCCAAUUUGUAAACACAGGGCGUGUGUCUCAGCAGCUGUGAGUGAGCGAGGGGGCGGCAGGCCGGCUGCACAGGUCCUGCGGCCUUAGGCCUCCUCGUUGCCCAACAGGCGGCUGGGGGCGGGCCACGGCCGCUGAUUAAAGGCCGCCUGGAGCAGCCUGUUUGGAGACAGGUGCCCAGCAGCCCAGGAAGCCGGCCAGCACCUGCCCCAGCUUUAGGCUUUGCUGUCCCCGUGAGCACAUCACCAUGUCCGAGGCACCCCGGGCCGAGACUUUCGUCUUCCUGGAUCUGGAAGCCACUGGGCUCCCCAGUAUAGAUCCCGAGGUGGCUGAGAUAUCCCUGUUUGCGGUGCACCGCUCCUCCCUGGAGAGCCCAGAUCGAGACGAGUCUGGUGCCCCUGUGCUGCCCCGGGUCCUGGACAAGCUCACGCUGUGCAUGAGUCCAGAGCGCCCUUUCACCGCCAAGGCCAGUGAGAUCACCGGCCUGAGCAGCGACAGCCUGGCGCGGUGCCGGAAGGCCGGCUUCGACGAUGCCGUGGUGCGGACGCUGCAGGCCUUCUUGAGCCGCCAGGAGGGCCCCAUCUGCCUCGUGGCCCACAACGGCUUUGAUUAUGACUUCCCCCUGCUGUGCACAGAGCUGCGGCGCCUGGGCGCCCACCUGCCCCCGGACACCGUCUGUCUGGAUACACUGCCUGCGCUGCGGAGCCUGGACCGUGCCCACAGCCAUGGCACCCGGGCCCAGGGCUGCAAGGGUUACAGCCUGGGCAGCCUCUUCCGCCGCUACUUCCAGGCAGAGCCAAGUGCAGCCCACUCAGCCGAGGGUGAUGUCCACACCCUGCUCAUGGUCUUCCUGCACCGCGCUACUGAGCUGCUUGGCUGGGCUGACGAGCAGGCCCGAAGCUGGGCCCGCAUCGAGCCCAUGUAUGUGCCAUCCGAUGGCCCGAGCCUUGAAUGGUCAGCGGCCCUGCACACUCGGCGCAUGGCCUCGCGAAUGCCCGAGGUGGAUUGUCCCUUCCCCAGCAAGCUCCCCUACUAUCUCUGCACCUCCUGUCACUUCCACUACCUGGCAAAACUGGGAGUCUUGGGAAGCGCUUGUUUAGCUGCCCUGGGCCUGACCCACGGGCAGGGUCCGCCACACAGGAUGACGGGGUGA